GGUUGCUGACAUGGCCCAACACUCAUAUUACAGCCCACAGAGCUGGACGGAGAAGCAGUACUCGGGACGCCUGCAUGGAUGCUGUUUAAACAGUCCUCAGCAUGCCGUCUUCCAACCAGGGCUGGCCCGAGGAGUUCGGCUUCCAGCUGGGCGGGUCUGGACCGAGCUACAUCCUCUCGGUGGAGGAAGGCAGCAGCGCCAACCUUGCAGGGUUACAGGCUGGGGACCAGGUUCUGGAGAUCGAGGGACAUAAUGUUUCUACCCUGGGUCCCCAAGCUGUCAUGGCCAUCGCUCAGACUCAGAAGAACAUCCCACCUAGUAUUGGAGUUGUAUCCCGCAUACAUCAGAUGGACAUUAUUCCAGGUCCGGACGGUCGUUUCGGUUUCACCAUCGUGGGAGACUGCCCCCUGCUGGUGGAGGACUGCUCGCCUUGCUCUCCAGCCGGCCGCGCGGGUCUGAGAGCCGGGGAUUACGUCAUGGAGGUCAACGGCAUCCCGGUCAGGCAGCACGAGACGGCCGCGGCGCUGAUCAAGGCCUCUCAGGGGAGGACGCUCCGCCUGGGGGUGCUGUGCCUCGGCCAGAGGCAGAAACACAGCAUCAGCAUAGAGGACGGUCAGAUGGGAGGGGACGGGGCGAGACUGGACCGUAAACACAAAGCUCUGGAGUUCAACAGGAAGGUCGACCAGAUUCUCGGCGAUGAACCUGAAGUGAAAGAGAAACUCUUUGCCGUGCUGAAGCAGUACGCUGCCGAGAAGAGAGUGGAGUGGUUGGCCUCGGUCCUGCCUGACAUACUCACCACUGAUGAACAUCGACAGCUCAUCUCUAACAUCAGAAUCUUCAUUCCCAAGAAGCACCGGCAGCGCUUCGAUGAUUCCGUCCAGCAGAAUGUGAUCAACCGUCUCUGUCGCAGCAAGAGCAUCAGCGAGCCGCAGGGCAGGAUCCGCCGCAGUCGGAGCGAAGAUCACUCGGAUCGUCACCACAGGUCCAAACGGGCCAGCUCGGUGCCCAGGGAUGGAGAACUGGGAGGGAGGGGCGACGGGGAGAAGGACAGGGGCCCCAGGAAGUCUGUCUCCGGGAUGCCUGCUCAUCCCCCCAUCGGACCCAACCAGAGGAUCAUCCGCGUCUACAGGGGAAAGAAGAACUUCGGCUUCACGCUGCGAGGCCACGCUCCAGUCUGCAUCGACUCCGUCAUCCCAGAUAGUCCUGCUGAGGAAUGUGGACUGAAAACAGGCGACCGUAUCCUCUUCCUCAAUGGACUGGACAUGAGGAACUGUUCCCAUGAGAAGGUGGUGUCCAUGCUACAGGGCAGCGGGGGGAUGCCCACUCUGGUGGUGGAGGAGGGACCGUGUGACUUCUCCUCAGAACUAACCGACCCAGAGGAGUCUCCGGGCCUGCCACACAACACGCUACCCCGCUCCAGGUCUCCUGCCCUCAGUUCUCUGCAGUGGGUAGCAGAGAUCUUACCCCCAAGCAUCAGGGUCCACGGGCGGACAUUCAGCCAGCAGCUGGAGCACCUGCUGACCAUUCAGGAAAGGUACACGGUCUGCAAGUCCCUGGAGACCUUCUUCCAGCACAGGAAUGUGGACACUUUGAUUGUAGACGUGUUUCCGGUGUUGGACACUCCGGCCAAACAGCUGAUCUGGCAAUUCAUCUACCAGCUUCUGACGUACGACGAGCAGGAGCGCUGCCAGGGCAAGCUGUCGCGCUUCCUGGGUUUCAAGAGUACUGCUGUGUUGGAGCCUGACAUAGGUCCAGAGCAUCACCGGCGCAGCAGCUCUAUGCGGGUGACGGGGACGUCGUACCGAGGCAGCAUCCGAGAGAGGAGCUCUGACGACUGCAUCAUCGGGACUCACCUGGGAAUGGGGAUUCAUGUGGAUGAAUCUGGGAACCCGGAGGAGAGGCAGUCAGGAGACGGAACCUCCUUUCCCGAGUCCCCUGACCUCAAUCAUAUGACAGGUGUGUACACGGAGCUGGAGACUCUGUACGCAGGGAAGGGUGUGCCGCCGCUGCAGGGGGGCUCCCCGGCAGAGCCCGAGGGCCCGGGACAGACCGAGGCCUACGGGCGCCCUCUCUCCCCCCUCACACUCCCCCCUCUCAAAGGGAGCCGUAAAUCCGGCCUCACGCUGUCCUGGAAGGAGCCUCUCCCGACUCCCGUGUACGAGAUCCACCACCAGAGCAGCCAGGACUCGAACCCUUACGUCAGCCUGGAGAGCCCGCCGGCCUCCCCCGAGCACUCCGACGGCGGCGGUCCCAACACGCUGAACCGCCGCAAGAAGCUGUUCACCUUCUCGCGCCCGCCUCGCAGCCGGGACACGGACAAGUUCCUGGACGCUCUGAGUGAGCAGCUGGGCCACCGGGUCACUCUGGUGGAUGACUUCAUACCCGGGGAGAACGACUAUGAGGAGAUGAGUUUCCAGGAGGACCAGGACAUGGGCUUCAUGCCCCGCCAGCUCAGCAGUGGCAGCGAGGAGCAAACCAGCAGCGACGAGGCCUCCUCCCCCACCUACUCCUCCGAAUCUGAACCCAUCCCACCGCCUCCCACCCAAAGCCCCCCGCCUCCCCCGCCUUUCCAGGCUCUGAUCCCCCCUCCCGUCCAGUUCACCGACCCUCUGCCGCCCGUCCGCUUCUCCCCCGAGCACGUCCCCCGCAGUCGCAUGCCCUUCCAGCCGCAUCACCCCAUCAUCCCCCCUCCUCCGCCCCCUCCCAGGACCAUCCUCUCCAGCCGCUCCCCUCUCCACAAAGUCCUCCCCACCAGAGAGGAGGUGGAGAACACUCACCAGCGCUUCCAGGCCGCCUCCGGCCGCACCUCCACGGUCCACACCAUCCUCGGCUCCUCCACGCUGCGCACCUCGCAGCCGUCCCGCACCUGCUACCUCCCCCGUCAGCUCAGCCAGCCCCAGCCCGUCCUGCAGCCGUCACCGGGGCCCUCCCCCCCUCAGACGCUGAGACCGAGCCAGCUCGUCCUGCAGAGGCACCACCAGCUCCACCACCAGCACAGCUACCAGGGCCCGCUGCCCCCGUCCCUGCAGGAUCACAGCCCAUCACGGUGUCAGAGCAAAGGCUCCACAGGGUCCACUCUGCUGUCCCAGACUCCGCCCUCUCACUCCACGCUCCCCGGACACACGAAGACUUAUGAAACCACACGGCAGGAACACCAGCUUCAACAGGCACCGCCACCCCCACCUCCACCCCUGCCCCCUCCAUGUGACCCGCCUCCGCUGCCCAACUCGGGCCACAGCGCUUCAGACACCAACCACAUGAGUGUGAAGAGGCUGCGCUGGGAGCAGGUGGAGAACUCAGAGGGGACCAUAUGGGGUCAGCUCGGGGAGGACUCGGAGUACGACAAGCUCACUGACAUGGUGAAGUUCUUGGACCUUGAUCUGCACUUCGGCACUCAGCGCAGACCCAUGUCCCCUCCAGAGCCAGCUUUCCUGCCAGACAACUUUAAAAAGAAAGACGUGGUGGAGAUUCUGUCUCAUAAGAAAGCCUACAACGCCUCCAUCCUGAUCGCCCACCUGAAGCUCUCCACCAGCGAGCUGCAUCAGGUCUUGAUGAACAUGACCACAGACAGGCUGGAGCCGGCUCACGUCAAGCAGCUGCUGCUCUACGCCCCCGACGACGACGAGGUCAAACAGUACGAGCAGUUCGACGAGGACCCGGCCAAACUGAGCGACCCCGACCAGUUCAUUUUCCAGAUGCUGAUGGUGCCUGAGUAUAAGACCCGCCUGCGGAGCCUCCACUUUAAGAUGACCCUGCCGGAGAGGACGGAGGAGAUGAAGGUGGCCUACGAUUACAUCUACAAAGCUUCAGUGGAGCUGAGGAGCAGCAAGAAACUGGCCAAAAUCCUGGAGUUUGUUCUCGCGAUGGGGAAUUACCUCAACAACGGGCAGCCAAAGAGCAACAGGACGACCAGUUUCAAGAUCAACUUCCUCACUGAGCUAAGCACGACCAAAACAGUGGACGGGAAAUCCACCUUUCUCCACAUUCUGGCCAAGUCUCUGUGCCAACACUUCCCUGAGCUGCUCAACUUUUCGAGAGACCUGACGACAGUGCCGCUGGCCGCCAAAGUGAACCAGAGGGGGAUCACUGCAGAGCUGGGUGACCUUCACACCACCAUCCAGGACAUCAGGACGGCCUGUCAGAAGAUCCCGCCCACCUCUGACGACCACUUUGCCUCCGUCAUGAGUAGCUUCUUGGAGAACAGCCACCCUUCGAUCCAGUCUCUGGAGUCCCUGCAGAACCGGACCAUGGAGGAGUUCUCGAAGGUGGUCUCCUACUUUGGAGAGGACGGCAAGUCCACAAAAACGGACGCCUUCUUCGGCAUCUUUGCAGACUUCAUCUCCAAGUUUGAGAGAGCUCUCAGCGAGACCCAGACUCCAGAAAACCCCAGGAGCCCCAGACUGUCUUCCCCUCUGGCCUGGUAGAAGCAGGAAAUGUGAGGCGGCUGACGGGUCUGGUCGGCAUCACUUUCACUCUUUGCUCUCCGCAACCAAAGUGCCAAGAUCACACACACACACACAUAGAGACUGGAAACGACAGGAACAGAGUCCACGUCACUCACAGCAGACAGAAUGGAAAAACACUGCAUCUCUCUGCAGAGAAUAACUGAUGUUUAGGAAUGUGCGGCAUCGCUCUUAUUCCAGGUGCUGAGAAGAGCAGAAACAUUCAGGUGUCCAACAGGAAGUCACCGCACACUGACGACUCAAAACUCGUUUUUACACUACUGUCAUCUCUUUAACAAACAUAACUUAGUAAACAGUGAGACACAUCAAUGAAGCCACCAUUGUCCAUUUUGAUUGCUCCAGUGUGUCCUGUUAAGCCCCCUGAAAAGAGAACUUCAAAACACCUGCUCUGAAUAUUUACAGGUGAUCUGCUAUGUUUAAUAAAUGAUUAUAUAUAGUUUAUAUUUUCUAUCAGAACAUAUUUAAAAAAAUAAAAAACUGUAAAGAUGAAGCAUAGAUGUAGACUGGUGACAGGAAGCACAAGUGUAGUUUUUAGAGUGUAGUUUAGAAAUCACUGCCUCCCAUACAGCCUCAUUUCGAUUUCUAACAGUAGGUACUGGAGUUUUCAGCAUCGUGUAUCCUGCAACGUAAGAACUGGCCAUCCACAUCUGACCUACUGUGAAUUUAAAGGGCAUCUAUAAUCUAUCAUCAGAGAUUUAAAUAUAUAUGGAAUAAUUAUAUAUGGAGCAAAAGUUGAAGUCAACAAAAAGCCAUUCUCUUUUUUUUUCUCGUCAGGUUUGUACGUCACUGAUGAAGAUUGUUCUGUCUUUUCCAUGGAAGCAAAUAAAGUUCAUGUAGAGUUUAAUUAAAAGGAAAGAACCUUUUUCAAAUUAACACGACUGAAUUCUUAAGAAGAUUUUUUUUUUUUUUUUUUUUUAAAUGUGGUCAAAUUCCCCUUUGAAAGUUGUUUUGCUUAUUUAAUGAUACAUUUUUAUUUAAAGGUCACAUAUUAUGCAAACUAAACCUCUCCAUGUUUUUUGAUCACUAAUAUGUGUCUCUAGUCGUUUACAAACCCCCCAAUUAUGAGAAAAGUCCAUCUUCUCUGUCUUUUGCCUGCUCCACUUUUCAGAAAAUGUGUGUUUAAACAGAUUUUCCCUUCAUGACAUCACUUCUCACUGUUAACAACAGGACAUGGUGCAAGAAAACCAAAGCCACACAAGCCCUUCAAGAGGGGCAUGGUCAAACACAGCUCAUUUACAUUUAAAGGUACAGACACAGAAACAGCCUGUUCUGAACUGGGCUGAAAUAGAGGGGUUUAUAGACAUGAUCCAAUACAGGAUCAAAGUGGAUUUUUGGCAAGAAACUUCAUAGAGAUGUUUUUGGGAGCUCUGAGACUUAUUUAAACUGGUUGAAAAGGAGGAGAAUAUGUGACCUUUAAGUCAGGGGAGCAUUCAGUCUAGUCAUUAAGAAACUCAACAAAAAAAAUUAAAGGGAAUAAAUGUAUAUUUUAAUCCAAGAAAAACAACCUGUUCAGACAAAGCACCUGGAAAAUGUGGAAAAUGUUUUUUGAUUUUUGUUGACCUUGAAAAGAAAAAGGAAUGGCAUCUAAAAAAAAAGUACAAUUCAGCCAAAUAAAUGAAAAUAGUUCAACAUGAAUAAUGGAAACUAAAGUAGUACAGGAUCUUCAUCAUGUAUAGUUCAGUAAAACAAAAUAUCACUUCUAUGUGAUGAGUGGCUUUCAUGAUUCUAGACCCAGAUGAUGAGAUGUGUCCAUAAAGAAAACGGUUUGCAUUACCACCAGUUAGCUUUAGCUUUCUAUAGAAGUGCAUGUAAGAUGGUUUUUGAACUUUUCAUCUACCACCUCCUCGUUUGGUUCUAUUCUGAUCGUCAACCUGACUCUGAAAUCUGUCCAAUCAAGGGCCGCUUAUCGUCACAUAAAACUAAGAAGCUUAUCCAACAAGUUUGAACCCUGAGGAGUGAGGACUGCACGGAUCCAAAUGUAGUCACUGACACUCAUUUAUUUGUUAAACAUCCCUCUCAAAACAAUAUUGCACCUUUCCCAGUGAGGUAACGCUGACUACAUCAGCGCAUGGAGAGAUUUGGCUCAGAGAUAAUCUGUUUGAAGCGCCGGGGUGUGGGUGGAAUUGCAAAUCUUCAUUAUUAGUGUCUUCUUGUUGUCAGCGUGGAGAUGAAAAGGCAGCUGGAUGAGAAAAGGCUGAGCUGUUUCUGGCGCAUGAAGACGGCUAAUAGUUGGCCACUUUUUCUUGAGCGUGACGGACACCGCCCUGUUUUAAAACGUGGGCAGCUGCUUGAAUGAACUGAACCUCAAGUGCAUGUAGAAAAACAACAUCAUACUGUAUAUGGUGAUUUCCUGCUUUUUCUGGUCGUCAUGGUGAUCUGAUGACUCACCGACUGUACAGUGUAUCUGUAGCUGUGUUGUAUUUAUGUUGAUGAAAUAUUGUUGAUAUUGUAAAUGGACCGUUUUUUUUUUUUGCUAUGCACACGCUGUAUGCUCGUUCGUCCUCCGAGUCCUUCUUUAUUUUCUUAUCCAAGAGUGUCAUCUGGAAAAUGAUCGUUUGAAUUAUUCUUUCCGCGCAGCUUUUUCGUCAGGCCGAUGAGCCGACUAUGAUCUCUUCAAAAUGCAAACCUAGCUGCUACUAGUGCAGUGACAGUGUUUCUUUGUCCAACUCAAUUGCAUGUUGGUGAGUUCAUGUGUUCAAAUGUGCAGCUGGUAGCACCCUCCCCUCCCCCUCCCUGGAUAUUUAAGUUAAACAAAUAAAUGCAUUUCUGUUCGUCUACUUAGGUUUAUUUAUCGGUUGCUUCUAGUUUCCCUAGACUGUUUUAUAUGUUUAUAUCUGGAAAUAUGCUCAUGUUUUUGUGAUUGUUUGACUCUUCUGUUUUGUUUAAUGCUUUCAAAUGGAGGACUUGUUUUGAACCUAUAAAAGUAUCAUGCUUGACAGUAAA